AGCGCAUUGCUUGAAGGUGGUGCUUGUCUGACUUAAUAUCAGUUCAAAUAUGGAUACUAUAAUCAGUGCUUAUAAAUAUAUUGACGAGGAACUGCCAAAUCCUAUCACAAAAGAUUGGUUCCUCGCGUCCAGCUUAUGGAGGGUGUUAGGCAUUAUACUGGUAUACAACAUUUUCGCAAGGAAACUCGGUCCAUAUUUAAUGCGAAACAGAGAACCAUACGACUUGAAGAAUAUUAUCCAGCUUUACAAUAUAGCUCAAGUAGUUACUAGUGCAUAUUUAGUUUACCAGGGUUAUUUCUUCUUCUUUGUGAACAAAUAUAAUUUUUUAUGUCAAGGACUCGACGAUUCUGAUUUAGAAACGAGUGCGUGGAUAGCGAGAAAUGCAUAUGUUUACUACAUGUUGAAGUAUAUUGAACUUCUCGACACGGUGUUCUUCGUACUUCGGAAGUCAUUCAGACAAGUAUCACCUCUCCACCUUCAUCACCACAGUUUAAUGCCAAUCGUCUCAUGGAUUGCCAUUAGAUAUAUCCCUGGUGGCCAGUGUGUUAUGAUUGGGGUGGUCAACAGCUUCGUUCACGUUAUAAUGUAUGGUUACUACUUCGUCGCUGGCUUAGGUCCGCAAUAUAAAAAAUAUCUGUGGUGGAAGAAAUAUGUUACUGUACUACAGUUGAUACAAUUUACACUAAUUGGUAUCCACAGCGUCGUAAGUUUGUUUUUCCCCUGCUCUUAUCCAGUUGUUUUCAAACUUCUAACAAUUAUCUAUGCGUGUAUAUUCAUAAACAUGUUCGGUCAAUUUUAUUAUAACAGCUAUGUUAAAAGGAAACCCGAAAGUGGAACGGCAAAUGGGAGUAAACGAAAAUAAAAAUGUAUUAUCUUAAGUAAUAUUAUUAAAAUUAUUUA